CAAAAAUAUUUUAAUUAUAUUCUGUGUCAUAACCUCUUCAAUUGUCAAACAGUGUGUUCAAUUUUUCUUAUAUAAAACUGUUAGUUUUAUAUUCAUAUUCAAUUUAGCAGUCUUUGAAUAUUCAAUUUCUAGUUUCCAAAAUACAAAUAAAAUAUGGUCAAAGUAAGAUCUACUACGGGUCCCCCCCGAAAACAGGGAUUCAACCGAUCAGGACACUCCAUGAAUCCUGAAAGGUCCACAGAAGGAUUGAAAGGUGUUGGUAAAGUUCGUACAAAAGGAACAAUCAAAAGGCUCCAGAUGUAUCGUAAUUUCAAAGCUAAACGAGAUAAAACUGGUAAAAUUUUGACACCUGCCCCUUUUCAGGGUUGGCUUAAUUCAGGAUCUAUUGCAAGAGUUGAACCUAAUCAAAAAUGGUUCGGAAACAGCAGAAUAAUAUCUCAGAAUGCUCUGCAGAAAUUUCAAACUGAAAUGGGAGAAGUAAUGAAAAAUCCUUAUAAAGUAAUAAUGAAGCCUACCAAUUUGCCUGUUACACUCUUAAAUGAAGUUGCUAAAAAUGCUAGAACGCAUUUGUUAGAUACCGAACCAUUUGAAUAUGUUUUUGGGCCAAAGAAACAGAGAAAACGACCAAAAUUAUCUGUUACUAGUGUUGAAGAAUUGGUUGAGCUUGCAGAUAAAAAACUAUCUGAAUAUAAAAAUGAAAAAGACACUAAUAUCAAGAUAGAUACUGGUGGAGUUAAGGAUUUGCCUAGAGAUUGGGUUAUGGCCGCAGGACAAUCAAGAAGAAUUUGGAAUGAGCUCCAUAAAGUUGUGGACAGUUCAGAUGUUUUGUUGCAAGUAUUAGAUGCUAGGGAUCCCUUAGGAACAAGAUCUUCUUACUUGGAGAAAUAUUUGAAAACCGAAAAACCCCACAAACAUCUUAUUUUCAUAUUGAAUAAGGUCGACUUGGUACCUGUAUGGGUGACACAAAGAUGGGUUGCAAUUUUGAGUGCCGAGUAUCCCACAGUAGCCUUUCAUGCUAGUAUAACACAUCCAUUUGGUAAAGGCUCUUUGAUUAAUUUACUGAGGCAAUUUGCAAAAUUACACAUUGAUAAGAAACAAAUAUCUGUAGGAUUCAUUGGUUAUCCUAAUGUGGGAAAAUCUUCAAUUAUAAACACAUUGAGGAAGAAGAAAGUAUGUAAAGUAGCCCCUAUAGCUGGUGAAACUAAAGUGUGGCAAUACAUAACUCUAAUGAGACGGAUAUAUCUUAUUGAUUGCCCUGGGGUUGUGUAUCCCUCAGCAGAAACUGACUCUGAAAAAGUCUUAAAGGGUGUGGUAAGAGUAGAGUUAAUCAAUAAUCCAGAAGAUUAUAUUGAGGAAGUUUUGAAAAGGGUGAAAAAAGAGUAUAUACAAAAAACUUACAAAAUCAAUGAGUGGCCCGAUCACAUCAAUUUCUUGGAACAACUGGCUCAAAAAACAGGUAAAUUGUUGAAAAAAGGAGAACCAGACAUUACAACUUCUGCAAAAAUGAUGUUGAAUGAUUGGCAAAGGGGUAAGCUUCCGUUUUAUGUAUCACCUCCUGGUUUCGAAGAACCCCUUCCAAAUAACAAAGAUGACAGUAACAUUGGUGUUGCACAAGAUUUUAGGCAGAUCAAGGUGAACUUGGAAUACGAAGGAGAUGAUGUUAAAGAGUUGGCACCAAUGGAACUAGAUGCCGAUAGUUCUCAAAUUGAUACUUCUUCAGUAGCUGAUCUUAGUGAUUGUAAUGAUAGUAUAGAAUCUGAAGAUGAAGAUGUCAAUAGUACGGUGGAAUCUGAACAAAUCGAUACAUCAGCAUUAGAUGAAUCUAAAUGUUCUGACGAAGAUAACAAAAUGUAUGAGUCUGAUUCCGAUUUCAGUAACCCCUACUCAGAUAUGGAGGAUGAACCAGAGAAAGUCGUUACCCAAAGCGGAUCAUUUUGUGUUGAUGAUUUUUCUGAUAAAAAAAGAAAAAGAACUAAUCAUAAAGAAGAAGAUCAAGUGGAACCAAAAAAGAAGACAAGUAAACAAAAGAGAGCAAUUGAAAGAGCUAAUAAAAGAAAGAAGAUUGGAAGCAACUUUUAUGAGGUUACAAAUGUUAAGAACAGAAACAAAAAUAAGAAAAAAAUUACAAAGAAGUGAAUUUCUUCCAGGGUUGGACUUAUUUAAUUAUUUGAAUAAUUCUUUCAUUCAAUGUUGUAAAUAUUUUUUGUGUAUGAAUAAAUGUUCACCUAAAAAAUUA